AUGGCAGCAGAGGCUACAGGUGUUGGAAUGACAACCGUUAGAAAAAUACGAAAGGAGUCAUUUUCCGGGGAAGGGCGAAAUGAAGAAAAUUUAGACCCAUUAGCAGCGUCUUCGUCUGAGAAAGUGAAAACAAAUCGUAUUGUCCCUGACGAUUUUGACUGCGGUGUUAUCAGAAGGAAAAUAAGGGAAUUUUAUGUAAUGAGGAAGCAGCUUCCAACGGUGGGAAAUAUUCAUAAAGAACUGGCAUCAGACAUUGGCUUCCAUGGAAGCAUCAUGUCCCUUAGGAAAAUAUUGAGAAAUUUGGGUUACAGAUGGAAGAAAUGCGGAAGCAACAAGAAGGUUUUAAUGGAAAAGCCAGACGUAUCUCGUCUUAGAUGCGAGUAUCUAAGGAAGGUAAAGCAGUACAGAGAUAGCGGCUACGACUUGGUCUACUUAGACGAGACAUGGAUAGACACUUCUCAUACUGCAAAGUAUUGUUUGCAAAGUGUUGAAGAACGUGGUGUUGCAGCACCUUUCAACAAAGGACAACGCUUGAUAGUUGUCCAUGCAGGUGGUCAGAAUGGAUUCGUACCCGGUGCAGAGUUAGUUUUUAAAGCAAAUUGUGCUACCGAAGACUAUCAUCAUGAGAUGAAUGGUCCAAACUUCGAAAAAUGGUUGAAGGAGAAGUUACUGCCCAAUUUGCGAGUCAAAUGUGUGAUUAUUAUGGAUAAUGCCUCCUAUCAUUCCGUACAGAGUGAGAAAACUCCAUCAUCAUCAUCUACCAGAAAGGCGGACAUUCAAGAGUGGCUGAGAAACCGUGAUAUACCUUUCGGUGAAAAACUAACAAGACCAGAGCUGCUGAAUAUUGUAAAAAUGUACAAACCUAAAGAAAAGGUUUACAGGAUUGAUUCACUUAUAAAAGAAAGGGGACAUGAAGUGCUACGCCUGCCACCGUACCACUGCGAGUUCAAUCCCACUGAACUGAUUUGGGCAAAUUUGAAGAAAAAGGUUGGGCAAAGAAACUUGACAUUCAAACUCACUGAUGUCCAAACACUCACACACAAUGCACUGGCAGAUAUUGGAAUUACAGAUUGGGAAAAUGCUGUGAUUCAUAUUUUGGCAAUCGAGGAGAACUAUCGCUAA